GCAAAAAAGUACAAGGUUUUGGUAAAUGAAAUGAAUACUGUUUCAACUGUUAUAAGUACACAAAGGAUUGCUCACUAAAAUAAAAAUGAGAAAAACUGAAACAAGAAAGUUAUUGUUGAAUUACAUAAGACUUCUUGUGUACAUUCAAAGUCAACAAUUAAGAUUUUGGUGCGAAAAUAAUAGUGCUUCACUUUGUCCAAACAUUUAUCAAUGUCCUACAGAUUCUAAUUUAAAGAAAGAAUGUGAAAUAAGUUCACUGUCUUGCUUUUCAUUUGGCAUAUGUGAGCUAAAACACAUUAUUUAGUUUGUUUACAAAGUAGUGCAUAAGAAAAGAUACGGUGGUCAAGGAAUGCCACAUUACAAAACUAAAAGAGUAUAUUCCCCUUAAUACAUUAAACAUUUAUCAUUACAGAAGUCUAGUGGCUUACAAUAAAGGCCAAGAAAUGUUGCCAUUAUUAAUUUUUAACUUGGUAUUUAUGAACUGCAAUGCACUUAAAUAUCAAAACACAUUCAACAAACUUUUGAAAAUGUACUGUCUUAAAAAUCCUUAAAAUAAGGUAUGAAAAUUGGUUGAGAGGUCCAAUCAAUGUGUAUAUGUGCAAAAGCAACAUUCUAAUCUUGUUCACAAAAGUUACUAAUACACAGCAGGAAUGUCAAUGAUCAAAACUGGACGAAUAUACAGUUAUCCUCACUUUAAUGUCAUUUAUAAUUUGUCCUUGAAUUCUCCACCAUACUUUUCAUAACUCUGUUUGCACGAGUUGCACAAGAAUGCUGUCAUUCACGUAAAAAAAUGGGGUCAAAUAAAUUGUAAAUGCAAUAUCAUGUAAACGUAGUUAAUGGAUUAUGCAGUUCAAGAUAAACUUUAUCUCAUAACGUAACGAACAUGUAUAAUGUUGUAACAACAACUUUACUUACACUGAUUUAAGUAGCAGUCGGUUUAUAAGUGACUUUAUUGAUUCAUUUUGUGUUUUGUUAUUGUUGUCAAAAGUAUAACGGAAGUGCCUCACAACUGAAGCGGAAACCAGUUUGAUGCGCAAAGUAGUCCACUAAUAAUUUCUAUAUUUACACCGCUGUUACUGAUUAAAGUACCCACGUCAGUUCAAUGUUCAUGCGAUGACAGUUACGGGGAUUUGUGGUUACCAUCCUGGACAAACGAAACAAGAACUAUUUCACAAGCAAACAAAUAUAGAAAUGACAUGCGCUGUGAUAAAAGUUGUCCAAAGACAGGUUUUGAUAUGUCAUCAUAUGAAGAGUGCUGCACCUGCAGGAACUGUAUGAACUGGGAAGGUUCAGAGAUUGAUCUAUUUAUAGAAUAUGUGUCAGUGUUAGGUAGAAGCUUGGUUUUGUCUGAACAUGCUCCCAGUCAGGAUGAAGUGUACCAAAUUGAACACAAAGAUUCUGAAAUGACAGAAAUUCCAAGUAACUUGUGUAACUCUGAUAAUGACACAAAUCUGAUGGAAAGUUAUCAAGAACUGUUUGAAAACAUGACACAAUUCUGGGGAAAUAUUAUAAAGUUAAACUUUGAAAGCAAUAAAAUCCGACAACUUCCAGACCUGAACUGUUUACACAGACUAGAUGAACUCAAUCUAAAAAAUAACAAACUAAUACAUAUAUCUAAUACUUCAAUUUUUUAUCUUUCAAGCCUCCGAAGAGUAGACUUCUCUGGUAACUACAUACAAAAAUUAGAUCCUAAAAUUCUUACAUCUCCCCACCUCAGCUUGUUUAUUGCUAACUUUAGCAAAAAUGAAAUGACACAACUCGAUUUUUCUAACGCAAUGUCUCUCUAUCCAUUUUGUCACAUCAGCUAUGAGUCAAACAAAAUCACUGAAAUUACAAAUGAACUGAGCUUUAAACUAAACUUAAAUAAAACCUAUGGACCUGGUUUCGUAUCCAUAGAAAACAAUUUAAUUUCCACUUUUCCAGAUUUAAAAGAACUUCUUUUCCUCGAUGACUUAGCGCAGCUUGGCAAAUUGAUAAGUUUUGGAUUUGAUUUUCGAGGUAUACCACUAGUAUGUGACUGUAAUUUGGAACCUUUUAUGACACUUGCUCUAGACAUAAUCAAAGUAGUCUGGAGAGAUUAUCUAGAUGUAAAAUGCACGGCACCAGAAGAUCUAGCAGGAAUUUCAGUGGCUGAUGUAGAUCCCGCAUUAUUUACUUGUCCAAUACUGGCUGAUUCUGGAUGUCAAACACCUGAAUGUACAUGUGUCGACAAGCCUAAUGAAGAUACGUUGUAUGUUGAUUGUUCAAAUUCUCAACUCACUAAGAUCCCUAAGUUACCAAAUUCCAAAUAUUCUAAGUUCAUAUCACUAAAUGUUUCAGGAAAUAAGAUUAAAAAAUUGGAUAACACUUCAAUAUUAUCAAAACUGUCUAUGCUAGAUAUUUCCAGGAAUAACCUGAAUAUAAUUGAUGAAAAGGCUGCAAGUUUGCUUGAAAAUGCAUCUUACAUUGACUUAUCUUACAAUCCAAACUUACGCCAACUUCCACAAACAUUCCAGUAUCAUAAUGUUUGCUCAAGAAACAUGUUUAACCUACAAAUUAUUUGUGACUGCCAAUUUGUGUGGAUCGAAAAAUGGGUACACUCCAGACAAUGCACAAAUUUGGACAAAUUAUUCAAAUGUGACAUUCCUGAGACUGGAAUAAAACCAGCGAUUCAAUUUACUGAGGAAAACCUGGAAUGUUUUAAAACUGAAAAAUCUUACAUUCUUGAAAUACUAAUGGGAGGUUUAGUUCUUAUUUUGAUUUUGGCAGGAUCGUUAAUCUACUAUUUUCGUUAUGAGAUACUUAUCAUCUGCUUACGUGCCAGACAAAAAAGACAAAAUGAAGUAACUCCUCUUUACAAAUAUGAUGUAUUUUUAUCUUACAAUGACACUGAUGAUAAUGUUUCACAAUGGGUGAAUAGAAUACUUGUGUCUAACUUAAUAAAAACUGGUUAUAGGGUCUUUCAGCCAAACCGUGACGUUGCAUUUGGAAGUGAAAGAAAUUCAGAAAUAAUUCCUGUUAUCAGCAAGACACGCAACUUUCUUGUAAUAAUGUCAGACAGCUACCUUGCUGAAGCAGGUGGAAUGCGUUCUUGGACGGAGAAUGAGUUCAAAUUUGGUUGGAAUAAUUUUAAAGCAGAUAAGUCCAAGAACAUUGUUUUAGUAAAUUUUGAUCAUAUGUCUUCUUUUGAUGUCAUUCAUUCACAGAUCAAAGCUUUUCUACGGGUCGGUUGCACAGUUGAUUUUAAAAAUAGAGACGGAACAAUUAUGGAAGAAAUCUACACAAAACUGGGAAAACCAGUCCAUCUCCCAAAGAUAAAAGAAAUAACUGUUGUAAUUAAUGAGAAAUACUCACCAUAUGAACAUUUUAAAGCAAGUAUGUAUUAUGAUGACAACCUUCUGAAAAACGAAGAACUUGAAGACCAAACAGAAAAUUCUUCUGCUGACGAUGAAACAAAACCAAAUGAAGACACUGUAACUGUUACAGACAUGAAAGUUACUCUUAACACAACAGAUGACAUAUCUAACAAAGAUGAAACUUUCAAAGGUGCCAAUUAUCACAACUCACAAAGACAUGUUCAGAAAUGCCAAUUUAGAAAAUGCUAUGCCUGUCGUGUAAAAGAACAGCUGGUAAAGACUCCUAAUAUCCAAGUGUUUAACAAAAAACUUGCAGCAAAAUCCAAGAAAAUUCCAAAUGACCAAAUUUCAACCACAGGCAAAAAAUGUGAAAAUAUAUCUGCCAAGGAAACUACUAUAGUGCAUGUGUAGAUGUGUAGAUAACAAAAAUUGCUGUUAUUUUAGUCUGACAUACAAGGUUAGAAAGUUAUAACGACUUUAUUUUAUGAGGCUAACACAUUUGGAUUACCCAAUCUUCCAUGUGGGCCUCAAAUAUGUGUCAGAAGUGGGAUACAUAUAAAGUUGUGACAUUUAAUUUUGUCAACAUAAGAAUAUGGACUUAACUUUCCAUGAUCAAAUGAACUGAAAUUUAGUCAUUCAUUCCAGUAGCAGUUGGCAUUUCUACUAUGUUUUAUUGAAAUCUUUCAGAAUAUGUCUUUAGAUAUAAUACAGAUGGACAAAAAAAAAAAGAACAGGGCUUGACAAUGACUUUUAUUUUCACUUGUCCAGUCGCAAGUACUCUUUGAAAGUACUUGUCCUGACCAUAAACUAAGUUGUCCUGACCUUUUCAAAACCAUCUGUUAGAUGUGCAAUAAAUCAUUAAUUUGUA